AUGGCCACGGAGGAAAACCUAACCUUAACUGUACCCAGAUCAUCCAACCAGCGAUGUGAAGGAGACUACUUUUCUCAGAUCCCUGUUGAUCUGUUGUUCCCUUUCGAGUCUCCUGAUCCACCGAGACUCCUUUUCACGUUCGUAUCUGGAGAAAAUCUCUACUUCUACUCGGCCCCUCAGCCUCCUCAAACAGUACUUGACAACAACUCUUACGUAACAGCCACACUUCAUAACACAUAUUCCCGUCGUCGCACAGUCGUCUCUCAUACCUGUCGCCCUGUACGUGGACUGGUUUGUCACCAACGUGAGGAAGAGAAUCAUAUAGUGGUCGUGGUUUCUAACCCCAUCACAGGAGAGUCUGUGACCUCACCCAGACUGAAAACGGAUGGGAUCGAGGCAAAAACCUAUUUUGGGUAUGAUCCGACUGGGAACAAAUUCAAGAUCCCAUGUUGCAUAUCUUAUUCUCCUCUAAACGAUGGGGUAUGCAUCAAUGGUGUUUUGUAUUACGCAGGAAAUUAUAUGAUCGUCUGCUUUAAUGUUAGGUCUGAGAAAUUCGAUUUUAUAAACGAGACACCUGAGAAAUUACGUUUUAUGUGGAGAACUCUUACUCUGAUAAGCUACAAGGGUAAACUAGGUCUACUUGCUGAUACUCGGCGAGAUGAUGAUGAUAGGUUCGUGUUUUGGCUCGAUGAUGAUAGGUUCGUGUUUUGGGUUUUAGAGGAUGCCGAGGAACAUAAAUGGUCAAAGCAUACUUUGGUCACUCCAUUUCAACUGAGUGUAUUGGCUGUUGGAGUGACUGAUAGAGGUGAGAUUGUUUUGUCACCAAAAUAUGCUGAAGGAGGUCCUUUCUACAUUUCUUACUACAAUCUCGAGAGCAACACUGUGGUAAGAGUAAGACUUGUCAUUCCAGGAUUGGAACUUCUUAAAGGGCGUUGUAGAGUUUACACCUUCCCAAACUAUGUAGAGGAUGUGAAGCUUAUCAUGUAAUAAAGUGUUUUAUUCCUUUUUCGAUUUCCAUACUAUGUAACGAUUUCCAAAUGUUUCUGAGACACAAAGUCAGUGUGUUUUUUUUUUCACUUGGUUUUACAUGUUUUGACGAAGCAAUAGAGAAUGGUUUAAUUAGUUUUAUGCAUUGAUGUUGGUUCUCUC